CAGCACCCGAGCGGAAUGGAUCAGAGCGAGAGCGCGCAGCGCCGUACGGAGCGAUGUGCAGCUCCUCUGUUGGUGAGGUUGGUGGGGACACGAGAAUGACGCAGCAGCGGACCUUGGGUUUCAUACCAUGGAAGCGCGCCUCCUUCACUGCGGGUCCGUGCUGAAGAAGUCACCUCGUGAGCGCGCGCCCCCGCUCCAAGUCCUGUGUGAGGUGCAGGGAGGCAGCGGUGACAGCAGACGGCGACAGACGUGUAACAAAGCCAGAUGCUGAAGCCAGCCCACCAGCAAGUGUGUCAUGGUGGAUCCCUCAGAAGGUACGAGUGACAGCCAAGGCGGCGAUGGAGGGCCCGAGGUACCUGCCGGAGCCACAGGCGGCUCGAGUCUCCCUGGCACCGACACUACCGCCCCUUGCCGGCAGAGGGAGCAGUCGCCCAAGCUGCAUCUGGACCUUUACAAUUUCGACUCCCCAGAGGCGGACGGCAGCCGUUAUGUGCUCACCAGCCCCCGAUCUCUCGAGGCCUGCGCUCGCUGCGGCGUCAAACCCGUGGAGCUGUUGCCACGUUCCAUUAAUGAAUUUGUGAAGGAGGCCCCCGGUCACUCCAUGAGGGUGGCCGAUGGCCUUUUUGAAAUCUACGAGCGAGAAAGGCUGCUGAAGCUGAAGCAUUGCCGAGACGAACGGGAAAGGAUCGUCCGUGAGGAAAAGCGGUGCCCGUUUAAUGUGGUCAGCAGUCGGGUCUCCACCACUCUUAAUGGCACGUCCAGUAGCGUAUCCUCCUCCCCAGCAAGCAGGACAUCCUCUGUCAAUGGGACGUCUGACCGUGCCUCAAAGCCACCUUCUUCAGGAAGGGUAACUUCCACUGCCAAACCCUUGGCUGCUGGACCGCCAGCACGGAGACAAACAUCACAUAAUGGUGUCACAGCAGCCCCAAGUGUCAAGAGUUCCACAUCGCCAGUUCCAGAUGAGAAGACAGGUGGCGAUGUGUCUGAGACCAAGGGGAAAGGCAAAAGCCACUCCCUGGAAUCCUUACAGAAAAAGCAUGAGGUGUCCACCACAACCAAUCAUCCCUCCUCCGAGUCUGGAGCAUCCUCAUCCUACAGCUGGGGUGCACCCAAGGCAGGCAGUCCCCAGGCUCGGACAGUGGCUACUCUGAAUUCCCUGAUGGGCCGCAGCUUGAGUCUUGGUGACCUUAGCCACUCUCCACAGACCACCAAAAAGGUUGAAAAAAUUGUGACAGAGGUCAAACGGAGAGGAAUGAGAGAAGUGCCCGAGAGAGAUCGCAAGAUAGCAGCGCUGAUGCUGGCCAAACACCAGGAAGAGCACAUCAACCGUCAGACACGCCUGGUGGCCCACAUGCAGUGGGACAGCGAGAGACGCCUGGAGGAAAUGCGCAGGGGAAGGGAAGAGAGGGAGAAACAAAGGGCCAUCCUGGAGUGCCAGAAGAUGUGGCACAGCCAGAUGAGCAGUCGGCAGCAGCGUCUCAGCCAGGAGCAGAAGGACAGUGCCACCCUCAGGCAGAGGCAGGCGUCGGAGAGUGAGGAGCACUGGAAGGAGCUCGCUGAGAAGCAAGAGCGUGCCAGGCAGGAGAGGCUGAGGCAGGUGGCCCUGGAAGAGAAGCAGAAGAAGAUUCACCAGGAGAAGAACCUCAGGUCCAUCGAAGAGGAGCGGCAGACCAUGCUGGAGCAAGAGCAGCAGCUCCUUCAUGAAAAGCUCAGCAUGGCCGAACUGAAGAGGCAGGAGAAGGAGCACCAAAUACAGAAAGAGCGGCGGGGUCUCAACAAGGCUGAAAAGCUGAGGCACAAAGCUCUGCUCCAUGAGAUUGCGCGCAGACAGUCCGAGGAGAAGAAGCUCGCCCGGCGUCUCAUGGAACAGAAGCUGAGCCGCUCCACAGAGAAUUACGAGCAGAUCCAGGAGCGAAGAAACCAGGAGCUGAAGGAGAAGUCCAAGAAAGAAGAGCAGCAGAUCCAGAAGGCGCGCAAGUCAGCCGAAAUAAAGGAGAAGGAGCAGAGAGAUUAUCUGGAGGCCCUGGCACAGAGGACCGAGCAGAGGGCACAGCAGGCAGCUCAGCUGGCCGAGGAGAAGGCCCAACAGAAGGCCCUCAAAGUGGUGCAAAGCCGUCUGGAGAAGGAGAAGAUCCUGAAGCUGAACAGGCAGAAGGUGGAAAUGGAGGAGCAUCAGCGGCGCCAGGAGCUGCUCUUGUCCAUUGAAAAGAAGUUGGAGAAGAGCGAGCAGAUUUUUCGGGAGAAGCGAGCCAUACUGGAGAGUGCACGCUCCGUGGCCCGCGCCUCUUUCCAUGUGAGAGACAAGGUGCGAGAAGAAACCAACGUGCGGACCUUCGAUAAAAUGGUGCUGGAGGCCCAAUUACAAGCCAGCCUAGAUGAAAAGUAAAAUGACGACUUUUCAGCAGAGUGCUCAAGCCCAAAUGCCUCUUCUCUGUCAGGUGAAGUUGGCAGAAAGCACCAUACAAUAACAAACCCCACUUAGCAGUAGUCUUGUCUUCUGGUAUGAGCUGCACUUGGACAAUGAUUGCCGUUCUUCCACUCGGAGGUCUACUCUUAAAAUUCCUCAAGCCGACAGCUGCAGUUCCUUCACACCAGGGUACAACACUCGUCUUCCACAGUUUUUUGAUGCCAGACGGCUUGACAGACUUGCAAAGGACCACCAGCCACUAUGCCAAAGCACCGCAGACUGGAGUUGGCUUUAAGGGGUCACAAGCCACACUCAUCCUGGCCAUCAGACGGAUGUGGACAGGGGAGAAGGAGGGGGAUGAGGGCUUCUUAAAUCUAGAGUGGCUCAUCACCGUCAGCGAGUGGCACGGGGCUUCUGGAGACCGACUGCUUGCAUCUCAUGUCUUCCUUUGAGCCACAUUGACAGGUAGUGGAUUACUGACCCUUGGGAGGAUUCACUGGCGCGACUGAUAUGAGAGGACUACCUCAAGGAGAAGACAUUGGAUCUUACACAGAAGAAUCCUGCUGCCCCACUGCCUCUGUUUCUUGUGAGAUGAUUUGCUGAAGACAACAUAUUACAAUGUAAAGAAUUCAAUCUGAAGAUGGCAAAGUGAAGCACAGAUCGAAAGCCAUGCAAUAUCAGGGAAUGCAGUCAACAAGAUAUUGAUGGGAAAGUUCCUUAACAAGAAGUUUAGUGUCCAAUGAAGGCUUCAUCUAGAAAGAACAGUCCUAACAGGGUGUAAGCCAAAGCAUUCUCUUUUUCUGAAUGACCUAGAUAGUUUGGACAUGUACCUGAAUUGACUAGGCAUCUUGGGACUGGUCUAUCAUUCCAUUUGGAGAAGAAGACAGCGGCCUUGUGUCACUGGAUAAAACACCCUGAACAGAAUCAUGCCUAGGUGUAGAGGAGACUGGAUCCACAAAUCCUCAACUUUGCCCAGCUAUACCCCAUACUGUCUCUGUGACCAAACCUCAAUCACCCACCCUCUGAAGAUCGCAGUCUAAAUUCAGAGGACAACAUGAUACACACUGAACUUGUGCUAAAGAAAUGAUGGUUGACGCUUCUCCUGCCCCUCAGCUGAGGUUCAAGCAUACAAGUUUGCUCCAUCUGUCAUCCCCCAAAUCAUUCCACAAGUCUAGGGGUCAAGAAACUGCUGAAAAGGAGUCGGUUGGCUGUUUUCAGUAAACCGGAGGAUGCCUUGAUGUCCGUGUCUGUCUUCCAGUUUGACAUAUUUUUAGCAAAAUAAUUGUCCACCUUGAAGCUCUCGUACAAUAUUGCUGGGAGACAAAGCUUUGUGCUCUAAGCUGAAGUCAAUCAACCAAUCAGCAGUAAAUGUGUUUGGAUGAAAUCAGAGCAAAACGUCUGGAAUUAGGUGAACAUCUUCCUCAAAAGGGACAUCACGACAUUGUAGAUCAUAACACGUUUGCCCUCAUCUGGUAACUUUGCCUUUUUUGUAAAUCUUGGAUAGCAGCAUCUAUCUUAGUCAUCCUGUGGUAAACUCCAUAAAGCCUUGAAGACAUGGGUUUGCAUUAAAGGCUGUCAUUCAGGUUGCAUCUUAUGGAUCUGAGUGAUUUUAACAGAAGAUGGCAACAGGGAAUGAGAUUCACAAACAAUUAUUUUCUGUUUCCCACAUGAGCAGUGAAAUCAGAUUGAAAGAAUAAUUGGAGAGACCUUUCAGAAAACUUGCCUUAACUGCCCUGUUGUAGAAAGUGAAUGUACAAUAAAAGCAAUGAAAUUCA